AUGGGAGACCCCCGAGGAAACCGCGGGGACCCGAACUUCCGCGAAGCCAAUGCGGCAGCAGGCUCGGGGCGACAGGUUCCUGCGCAGAGAACACGGACCAGGGGACCGGCGGGGUGUCCGAAUCGCUCCCCGAGCCCCAGCGGGCCCUCGCGCGGGGACCGGGCGGAGGAUGGCCCCGCCGCGCUCGGCUUCCUCUCGGCAACGCUUUCGGCCGCGGCGCCCUCAUUGGCCGCGCGCCCCGCGGCCAACCAUUGGCUCCGCCGGCCCUACUUUACAUGGCCUGCUCUGGGCCAAUAG